CAACAGGUGAAGAAACAACAGGGCCAGUUGGCAUUACUUCCAAUCCCACGACUUCAACGACAACAACUGCGGAGGUAAUUACACCUACCACAGGUGGAACUACAAAAGUUGAAGAAACCACAACGGAGACAAUUCCAUCAACAUCCACAAAGCCACCAAAAGAAUUCACCACUGGGCCAACAACCACUUCCACCACUGUAAUUGUUGAAACCUCUACCUCAACACCACAGCCCACAUCAACAGGUGAAGAAACAACAGGGCCAGUUGGCAUUACUUCCAAUCCCACAACUUCAACAACAACAACCAUGGCACCCACCACAAAUGCAGAGGAAAUUACACCUACCACAGGUGGAACUACAGCAGUUGAAGAAACCACAACGGAGUCUAUUCCAUCUACAUCCACAACGCCACCUAAAGAAUUCACCACUGGCCCAACAACUACUUCCACCACUGUAAUUGUUGAAACAACACCACAGCCCACAUCAACAGGUGAAGAAACAACAGGGCCAGUUGGCAUUUCUUCCAAUCCCACGACUUCAACAACAACAACUGCGGAGGUAAUUACACCUACCACAGGUGGAACUACAAAAGUUGAAGAAACCACAACGGAGACAAUUCCAUCAACAUCCACAAAGCCACCUAAAGAAUUCACCACUGGGCCAACAACCACUUCCACCACUGUAAUUGUUGAAACCUCUACCUCAACACCACAGCCCACAUCAACAGGUGAAGAAACAACAGGGCCAGUUGGCAUUACUUCCAAUCCCACGACUUCAACGACAACAACUGCGGAGGUAGUUACACCUACCACAGGUGGAACUACAAAAGUUGAAGAAACCACAACGGAGACAAUUCCAUCAACAUCCACAAAGCCACCUAAAGAAUUCACCACUGGGCCAACAACCACUUCCACCACUGUAAUUGUUGAAACCUCUACCUCAACACCACAGCCCACAUCAACAGGUGAAGAAACAACAGGGCCAGUUGGCAUUACUUCCAAUCCCACGACUUCAACGACAACAACUGCGGAGGUAGUUACACCUACCACAGGUGGAACUACAAGGGUUGAAGAAACCACAACGGAGACAAUUCCAUCAACAUCCACAAAGCCACCAAAAGAAUUCACCACAGGCCCAACAACCACUUCUACCACUGUAAUUGUUGAAACCUCUACCUCAACACCACAGCCCACAUCAACAGGUGAAGAAACAACAGGGUCAGUUGGCAUUACUUCCAAUCCCACGACUUCAACCACAACAACUGCAGAGGUAAUUACACCUACCACAGGUGGAACUACAAAAGUUGAAGAAACCACAACGGAGACUAUUCCAUCUACAUCCACAGUGCCACCUAAAGUUGUCACCUCUGGCCCAACAACCACUUCCACCACUGUAAUUGUUGAAACGUCUACCUCAACAUCACAGUCCACAACAACAUCUGAAGAAACAACAGGGCCAGUUGGCAUUACUUCCAGUCCAAUGACUUCAACCACAACAACAAAGGCACCCACCACAAAUGCAGAGGAAAUUACACCAACCACAGGUGGAACUACAACAGUUGUAGAAACCACAACGGAGUCUAUUCCAUCUACAUCCACAACACCACCUAAAGAAUUCACCACUGGCCCAACAACCACAUCCACCACUGUAAUUGUUGAAACCUCUACCUCAACAUCCCAGUCCACAACAACAGGUGAAGAAACAACAGGGCCAGUUGGCAUUACUUCCAAUCCCACAACUUCAACGACAACAACUGCGGAGGUAAUUACACCUACCACAGGUGGAACUACAAAAGUUGAAGAAACCACAACGGAGACUAUUCCAUCUACAUCCACAAAGCCACCUAAAGUUGUCACCACUGGCCCAACUACAUCUUCUACAACUCUUAUAAUUGUAACUUCAAGUUCAACAUCACAGCCUUCAACAACAAGUACAGAAACAACAGAGCCAGUUGUCAUCACAGGCACAUUUGCAACAACAACAACUCCUUCAGCAUCGCCACAAGUGAUUAUUACACCUACAUCACAAGCAGUCACCACCAGCCAGUGCAUUUGCAAUGUUAAUGGGACACAGUAUCUACCAGGGAACCUCGUGUAUAAUGUGACCGAUGCUUCAGGGUGGUGCUUCACGGCUUACUGCAAAGCCACGUGCCAAGUCGAAGUGGAAUCAAAUCCAUGUCCUUCCUCUACACCACCCACUGUAUCACCCACAACAUCAGAAGAGACCACGACCACACCACCAACAACUCAAUCCUCGCCAGACUGCACUAGCGUUCAGCCACCAAGAAAGAAUGGAGAGUCUUGGCAGCUGAAUAGCUGUACCACAGCAGUUUGCCAGGACGGCAUUGUUGUCCAGCUACCAGUAAAAUGCAAGCCAGUGGAGCCACUACAGUGUGAGAAUGGUCGUCCACCUGUCAAGGUCUAUGAUUCAACUGGAUGCUGCUUUACAUAUGAAUGUGAAUGUGUAUGCAGUGGAUGGGGUGGAUCACACUACAUGACAUUUGAUGGAGUAUAUUACAAUUUCCAGGAGAACUGCUCAUACACCUUAGUGAAAGAAAUCAACUUCAAAUACAACCUUACCAUUAUUGUUGAUAAUCACUACUGUGGAAACACCGACAGUGGAUUCUGUCCUCAGUCCCUUAUCAUUCAUUACAAAUCCUAUGAAGUGAUUCUAACCCAACAGAGAUCUGGUGAUACAACAGAAAAUGUGGUAUAUGUCAACAGUAAACGAAUCUACCCAGCUUACAGAAUGGGUGACAUUGCUCUAACAAGUACUGGUGUGGAGGUCGUGCUGGAGAUCACUGAUCUUAAGGUUCAGGUGUCUUACAAGGGGUCAUCAUUUAGCAUCAACCUUCCUUAUUCCCUCUUCCAAAACAGCACAGAGGGCCAGUGUGGUACCUGUGAUAAUUCCCAGAAGAAUGACUGCCAGUCACCUAAUGGUCAGAUACAGAGCUGCUCAGUCGCAGCUAGCCAGUGGCUGAUUCCAAACCAGGACUGUCCAACUCCUCCAACAGCACCACCCUCUACCACCACGGCAACCCCAAGCACAUCCCCUACCCCCUGCAAGACAGUCAUUUGUGAAAUCAUGAACAGCAAGGUCUUUGAGGAAUGCCAUAAAGCGGUUUCUCCUGAUGCCUUCAUUCAGGCCUGUAGAUCAGAUGUCUGCAACAAUGCUAUUUCUAGCUGCUCUAGUCUGGAGGCGUAUGCAUCUGAAUGUGCAAAUAAAGGGAUCUGCAUUGACUGGAGGAAGUCAACCGAUGGAGAAUGUGAGCAUACAUGCCCAGCCACUAAGGUGUACAUGCCAUGUGGUCCAGCAGUUGAACCAACAUGUAAUACAAAAUAUAAUGAGAAGUAUUUGAACAACCAAACCCAAAUGACCAAUAAGACGAAGGAGGGUUGCUUCUGUCCAUCUAAAACCGUCUUGUUCAGCACCUACUCUGAUACUUGUGUGGUCUCCUGUGGCUGCACUGGACCUGAUGGCAACCCCAAAAUGCCUGGUGAUACAUGGGAGAGUGGUUGCCAGCAGUGCACCUGUGACAUGGACUCCAUGAUUGUCCAGUGCCAGCCUAUCACCUGCCCCACACCAGCCACACCCAUCUGCAAUGAGACUGGAUACAGACUGGUGAACACGACAGAAGGCUGCUGCCAGAAAUAUACAUGUGAGUGCGAUGCACUGCUUUGCCCCAAAGUCAUGAUGGACUGCCAACCAGGGUGGGAGGCAAUUAUAAGCACGUCCAUCUCAAGUUGCUGUCCAGAGUAUACCUGUGUUCCUAAGGGUGUAUGUGUCUACAAUAACAUUGAGUACCAGCCUGGUGCUGAAGUUCCUGAAGGAACUUGUGAGAAUUGUAUCUGCAGCUCGAUCAUGGAUCCUAGCACCAAGCUCAACAACAUUGUGUGCACAAAUAUCUCCUGCGACACUACAUGUUCACAGGGCUUCCAGUUUCAGGCCAUACCUGGUCAGUGUUGUGGGAAGUGUGUACAGACAAGCUGUGUGGUUACUAUGCCAGAUAAGACCAAACACACUAUUCAGGUGAACGAAACCUGGUCACCACCUGGUGACAAAUGUGUGAAGUACACAUGUGAGAAAACUGGUGGCCAAUAUAUACCAGGGGAGGUGAAGACUGUGUGCCCUGCUUUCAGCCCAGAGAACUGUGUCCCAGGCACAGAAAAGACAGACGCAAAUGGAUGCUGCAAGUCCUGCACAGAACGCAGCAAUGUCUGUGAGAUGAAGUACACCACCACUAGCAUUGUCAUCAGUGGCUGUGCGACCGCUGAGCCUGUGGAGAUCAAUUCCUGCUCAGGAAACUGUGGAACCUCUUCUAUGUACUCAGCAGAGGCGAACACCAUGAUGCACUACUGCUCCUGCUGCCAAGAGGCGACCACUAGCCAGAAAGAGGUGGAGCUGAUGUGCCCUGAUGGGUCAAAGGUCAAGCACUCCUACAUCCACGUUGAGUCGUGUGGAUGUCAUGUCACAGACUGUGAUGCAGGCACGACCACCGCCCCGGGGACAACGAGACCGCGCAGGAGGAGGCGCUAAACGUCUAGGGAGACAACAUGCACACUGACAUAGGAAUUAUCCUCAUGACAAGGAAUGUUUAAUCCAAAUUUGUUUUCUUGUUACGUUUUAAUUAAAUCUGUCAUGCCAGUGUAUUUCUACAAUCGGCAGCACUUAGCAUUAUGUUCUUAUACCUUCAUUGUAAAAUUCAUGUAUUUUCUAUGAUAAAUGUGGUGGAGAAUCUCUUUUCUCAUUUGUAGUAAUUAAUAAACAACAGCAGCAUCA